AUGGAACAAAGUGAAGGGGAACAGGAAUCCCAGCCAGAGAGUCACGUGGAUAGCAAGAGCAGUGUGAAAUCCUUGCCUGGGGGAGCCGCCCAUGUCAAACUAGAGAUAAAAAAACAUGCAGUUACGGAUGACUACAAACUCUCCAAACGGGUGCUAGGGUUAGGAAUCAAUGGCAAAGUGCUGGAGUGUUUCAACAAGGAGACAGGCCAGAAAUGUGCUUUGAAGCUCCUGUAUGACAACCCAAAAGCCCGUCAGGAAGUAGAAUAUCAUUGGCGAGCAUCAGGGUGUCCCCACAUUGUCCAUGUCCUGGAUGUCUAUGAGAAUAUACAUCAUGGAAAGAGAUGCCUCCUCAUUGUCAUGGAAUGCAUGGAAGGAGGAGAGCUGUUCAGUAGGAUCCAGGAGAGAGGAGACCAAGCUUUCACUGAGAGAGAGGCCUCUGAGAUAAUGAGAGACAUCGGAACAGCCAUCCAGUAUCUGCAUUCCAUGAACAUUGCCCAUAGAGAUGUCAAGCCUGAAAACCUGCUUUACACUUCUAAAGAGAAGGAUACUGUACUCAAACUCACAGACUUCGGCUUUGCCAAAGAAACCACUGUACAAAAUGCACUGCAGACACCCUGUUACACUCCUUAUUACGUGGCCCCAGAAGUCCUUGGUCCUGAGAAGUAUGACAAAUCAUGUGACAUGUGGUCAUUGGGCGUCAUCACAUAUAUUCUCCUGUGUGGGUUCCCUCCAUUCUACUCCAACACUGGUCAAGCCAUUUCUCCAGGAAUGAAGAGAAGAAUUCGAAUGGGCCAAUAUGGAUUUCCCAGUCCAGAGUGGGCUGAAGUGUCAGAGGAAGCCAAACAACUGAUUCGCCACUUGCUGAAGACUGACCCAACAGAGAGGAUGACAAUUUCUCAAUUUAUGAAUCACCCUUGGAUUAACAGAUCAAUGUCAGUGCCACCAACUCCUCUCCAUACUGCACGGGUUCUGCAAGAGGAUAAAGACCACUGGGAUGAAGUUAAAGAGGAGAUGACCAGUGCUUUGGCUACCAUGAGGGUGGACUAUGAUCAGGUGAAAAUUAAAGACUUGAAAACAUCCAACAACCGCCUCCUGAACAAACGGCGUAAGAAGCAAAAGCAGGCAGGCACCUCUUCUGCAGCCCCAGGGUGCAAUAACCAAUGAGAAGAGAAGCCAAGGACCCGUGGGUGGAGGGUAAAAGUCGAAAGGAACAAUUUAAAAUCAGUAUGAUCAACUCAGUCCGUACCACAAAGGCAAUGAGACCGUGAAGAAGCUAUCCUGCCAAGAGGGAGCAGUGUGAAAGAUUACAUUUUUAUAACUUGAAUCAGGGCUUUGCUUUUAAAGGCUAGCGUAUAUUACAUGAUUCUGUUGCAUAUUGCUGGGGA